AUGCCCCCAGCGACGGCCGACCUCGCAACCACCUGGACAUUCCUCGAAGAGGGCGUCGACCACAUCAUGACCAAGCUCCAAACCGGCGUCUCCUACUCAAAGUACAUGAGCCUCUAUACCGUCGCUUACAAUUAUUGCACGUCUUCCAGAAUGCACAGCGCGGGUGAUACGGUUGGCGCUGGGAGUAGGACCGGCGCAAAUCUGAUGGGCUCGGAUUUGUAUAACAAUCUCAUCAAGUACUUCGUCGCCCAUCUCAGAGGCCUCAAGAACCAAUCCGAGACGCUGCAAGACGAGGCCCUCCUGCGCUAUUACGCAGCAGAAUGGGAUCGCUAUACGACAGGGGCCAACUACAUCAACCGUCUCUUCACCUACCUCAACCGACACUGGGUCAAACGUGAGAGAGACGAGGGGCGCAAGAACGUCUAUCCCGUAUACACCCUUGCGUUGGUCCAGUGGAAGGCCAACUUUUUCCUCCAUGUGCAGAGCAAACACCAAAAGCUGGCCGGAGCCAUCCUGCGCCUUAUCGAGCACCAACGGAAUGGCGACACGAUUGAUCAAGGCCUCGUCAAAAAGGUCGUCGACUCCUUCGUCUCCCUAGGCUUGGACGAAAGCGAUACCAACAAAGCCUGCCUCGAUAUCUACAAAGACCACUUCGAGGCGCCCUUUAUAGAAGCCACCGAGAAGUACUACAAACAAGAAUCCGAAUCCUUCCUGGCCGAGAGCAGCGUCUCCGAUUACCUCAGAAAGGCCGAAGAGCGGCUUCGGGAGGAGGAAGAUCGGGUGGAACGCUAUCUGAACACGGAGACUCGCAAGCAGCUCGUUAGCAAAUGCGAGCAUGUGUUGAUCAGGGAGCAUUCAGAGUUGAUGUGGGAGAGCUUUCAGAAGCUGCUUGAUUUUGACAAGGACGAAGAUUUGCAGAGGAUGUAUGCGCUGUUGUCGCGGAUCCCGGAAGGCUUGGAGCCGCUGAGGAAGAAGUUUGAGGAGCAUGUGAAGAAGGCGGGGUUGGCGGCGGUGUCCAAGCUGAUUGGAGGCGAAGGCGCGGAUGCGCUCGACCCGAAGGCGUAUGUGGACGCGCUGCUGGAGGUGCAUAGGAAGAACUCGGAGACGGUGACGAGGAGCUUCAAAGGGGAGGCUGGGUUCGUGGCCAGUCUGGACAAGGCGUGUCGGGAGUUUGUGAAUAGGAAUGCGGCGACGGGGACGUCGACGACAAAGUCGCCGGAGCUGUUGGCGAAGCAUGCGGAUAUGCUUUUGCGUAAGAAUAAUAAGAUGGCGGAGGAGGAGGAUUUGGAGGGGGCUUUGAAUCGUGUGAUGGUGCUGUUCAAGUAUAUAGAAGACAAGGAUGUGUUCCAGACGUUCUACACUACCAAACUUUCGAAGCGACUCAUACACGGCGUGUCAGCGUCAGACGAGAGUGAGGCCAGUAUGAUAUCGAAGCUGAAGGAGGCAUGUGGUUUCGAGUAUACCAACAAGCUCCAGCGGAUGUUCACCGAUAUGAGUCUGAGUAAGGACCUGACGGAUCAAUUUAAAGAACGUAUGCAACAGAACCACGAUGACAUGGAUAUCAACUUUAGCAUCAUGGUCCUCGGGACCAACUUCUGGCCCCUCAACGCGCCCAACAACGACUUCAUCAUCCCGCCCGAGAUCCUGCCCACCUACGACCGCUUCUCCAAGUACUACCAAACCAAACAUUCUGGGCGCAAGUUGACGUGGCUAUGGAACUACUCGAAGAACGAGCUGCGGACGAACUAUCUGAACCAGAAGUACAUACUGAUGACGAGUUCGUAUCAGAUGGCGGUGUUGCUGCAGUAUAAUACGAAUGAUACGCUCUCUUUGGCGGAGUUGGUGACGGCGACGGCGGUGAGUAGGGAUAUUUUGACGCAGGUGUUGUCGCUUUUGGUGAAGGCGAAGAUUUUGAUUAAUGAGGAGACGGAUCAGUAUGAUUUGAACCCGAACUUCAAGUCGAAGAAGAUUAGGGUGAAUUUGAACCAGCCGAUCAAGGCAGAGGUGAAGGCGGAGUCAUCAGAGGUGUUGAAGACGGUCGACGAAGAUCGUAAAUAUGUCAUACAAGCGACGAUUGUGCGAAUUAUGAAGGCUCGAAAGACGAUGAAGAACCAGCCGCUGAUCCAAGAAGUGAUCUCGCAGAUCUCGCAGAGGUUUGCGCCCAAGAUCCAGACAUCAAGAAGGUGA